AUGGUGGAUUAUGAAGUGACCGUAUCCACUGGUUAUCUCGACGAUGCUGGCACUUCUAACUACAUCUUCAUUAAACUGCUGGGCACAGAUGGGGAGAGCGAACGCAAGUGGCUCAAAGGAGAUUCAUCCUUCAUCAGAGCAGCAGUGUCUAGUUUUACAGUUUCCUGCCCUACCUCUCUUGGAACUCUGGUCGCGUUAGAGUUAGAUAAACAGAUCCAGCUAGAAAAACAGCCCCUCAAAAAUCCAGACGAUUGGUUCGCUUGCAAGGUGACAGUGAAAUAUCCUGAGGGAGACACCUACAAGUUUCCCAUAUACCGCAUGAUCACUGACAAUGAGGUGCACAGCUUCAGAGAGGCAACAGGUUUUGGUAUAUUUCAUUGGGGAGAGUUAAGUCCGCUGGAGGAGCUGAAUCAGCGAGAGAAAGACUACCGCUGGCAUUUGCAUGAAGAGGGAGUACCCCAUAUCAUGAAGGCAGAAGAUGUUAAUUCUCUGCCUUCUGAGGUCCAGUUCUCCUACACCAAGAAUACGCAGUUUUACUUGACUGCGGCCGCUGGGCUGGUUGAACUGAAACUGAAGAGUCUGGCUGAUUCCAAAAAGAACUGGACUGAUGUUGAGGACAUCAAUGGGCUGUUCUCCUUCAGACAUUCUCACAUAGCAGACUAUGUCCAGCAACAUUGGAGGGAGGACACUUUUUUCGGCUACCAGUAUCUAAAUGGCAUCAACCCCACGAUGAUCCGACGUUGUUCAGCUCUGCCCGAAAACUUUCCUGUCACUGACCACAUGGUCUUCCCCGGUGGUCAGUGUACCUUGGAAGAUGAAAUGAUGCAUGGCAACAUAUUCCUGUGUGACUACAAGAUUUUGGAUGGACUGAAAGCAAACAUCAUCAACGAGAAACAGCAGUACUUGAUGGCUCCCCUCGUCCUGCUCCACAAGAAACCUAAUGACAAGCUGAUGCCAAUUGCUAUUCAGCUGAAGCAGACUCCAUCAAAAGACAACCCCAUCUUCUUCCCUACUGAUUCUGAGUACGACUGGUUGAUGGCCAAGAUUUUUGUGAGAAGUGCAGAUUUCAACGAACAUCAAAUCAAUGCUCACCUGCUGCGCACUCAUCUGCUGGCUGAAGUGUUUGCAGUGUCACUGCUGCGCAACGUGUCAAAGAAUCAUCCACUGCACAAGCUCCUCGUACCUCACACUCGCUACACUCUGCAUAUCAACUUCUUAGCUCGACGUGAUCUCAUAUCUGAGGAUGGAUUUUUCUCAAAGUUUGUAGCUUCUGGUGGAGAUGGUAUGUUGACACUCCUGAGGAGAUCACUGUCCUCAGUAACCUAUAGCUCCCUCUGCAUACCUGAAGACAUUGCUGAGCGUGGGCUGGAGGCUGUGCCGAACUUCUACUACAGGGAUGAUGGGCUCAAGCUCUGGGAUAUCAUCCACAGGUAUGUGAGGGAGGUGCUCAGCUUCUACUACAAGGAUGAUGCUGAUAUCCAGAAGAACUCUGAACUGCAGAAAUGGAUUGCCGACAUUUCUGAACGUGGAUUCCAUUCCCGAGCAGACUCAGGAAUUCCACAGAGCUUUACCACAGUGGAGGAGUUGGUCAAGUUUGUCACCAUGGUGAUCUUCACUUGCUCAGGACAGCACUCGGCUGUGAACAAUGGACAGUACGACUAUGGUAGCUGGAUGCCUAACUCUCCCUUCACCCUGCAACUUCCUCCACCAACCACAAAGGGGACAACAAGCGAGGCCACAAUGCUCGACACAUUGCCUGAUAUGGGCACAACAGCUAACGGAAUGGCCGCCUUGUGGCUACUCAGCAAGCCGUCCUCUGACUCCGUCCCUCUUGGCGAGUACCCAGAGAACCAUUUCAAAGAGAAGAUUCCCUGCCUGCUGAUAAAGGCUUUUCAAGCUGACCUUCAAGGGUUAAGUGCAAGCAUCAACAUCAGAAACGAGAAUCUGGAGGUCCCAUACACAUACAUGGAUCCAGUGGUGAUGGAAAAUAGUGUGGCCAUUUGAAUAUCCGAAGGUGUGACCUCCUCAGUUGUUGCCAAAUUCUGCUUCGUAUUAACAAAUGCAGGAAAGAACUGCAUGUUUUUAAAUAAUUGUAUGGUGGAAGGAAACUACUGCUUGCGUUCAUUGUGUGAUUAUCUGGGAUUUUUAUACAGCCUGAUUGAUUUAACUGGUGAAAAGGUAAAGUUUGAAAUCAUAAUCCACAUAUAAUCGAAAAUUAAGUCUUCUUAUUAGCUCAUUAUACAGGGUAUCUUAUCUAAAUAAAUUACCUAGGUAAUGUUUUUUUUUGCAUUAUGAUUGUAACACUUGAAGUUAACUGUGCCUUAUGACUUGUCAUAAUGAAGUAUAAAUCAUUGUAGGAACUAUGUUUUUGCUAAAUUUACUCUAUGCUGUGUAACGUAUCUGUAUGUUGGAAAAAUAGACAAUUACUGAAAGGAAGAUAAAACC